AGGUGUCAGCAGUGUGCUGCUCGAGCUCGGCGAAUUCCUGCUUUGACGUUGCUGAGGCUUGCUAGGUGAUUGGCGAGCUAAGAUGGCGGCGCCAGAGGAGCCUGAAUUAUCGCAGGCGCAGACCGAAAAACUCCUCCAAUUUCAGGACCUUACCGGCUUGGAAUCAAUCGAUCAAUGUCGACGCACAUUGGAGCAGCAUAAUUGGAACAUUGAGGCUGCAGUACAAGACAGGCUCAACGAGGAGGAAGGCGUGCCCAGUGUGUUCAACCCUCCGCCAUCCAGACCAUUACAGGUCAACACAACAGAUCACCGAGUAUAUAGUUAUAUUGUCUCCAGGCCACAACCCAGGGGUUUGCUAGGAUGGAGUUAUUACUUGAUAAUGCUACCUUUCAGAUUUACAUAUUACACACUUCUGGACAUGUUCAGGUUUGCUCUGCGGUUUGUGCGGCCGGAUCCCCGUGGUCGUGUUACAGACCCCGUUGGGGAUGUUGUUUCAUUUAUUCGUAGUUUUGAGGAAAUGUACGGUCGCUCACAUCCGGUUUUUUACCAGGGAGCAUACAGUCAAGCAUUAAAUGAUGCCAAACGGGAGCUCCGCUACCUUCUAGUGUACCUCCAUGGAGACGAUCAUCAAGACACUGAUGAAUUUUGCCGCUCCACAUUAUGUACAGAAGAGGUAGUGACCUUCGUCAACAGCCGAAUGCUGUUCUGGGCAUGCUCAACAAGCAAGCCUGAGGGCUACAGAGUUUCCCAAGCGUUGCGGGAGAACACUUAUCCAUUCCUGGCCAUGAUCAUGCUGAAGGACCGCAAGAUGACAGUCGUUGGUCGCCUCGAGGGUCUCAUACAGCCAGAGGACUUUGUCAGUCAGCUCACCUUCAUUAUGGAGGCCAACCAAACAUAUCUGAUGUCUGAGCGCCUUGAACGAGAGGAGAGGAGUCAGACCCAAGUGCUAAGACAACAGCAAGACGAGGCGUACCAGGCAUCCCUCCGUGCUGACCAGGAGAAGGACCGAAAGAAGCGAGAGGAGGAGGAGCAACGGAGGCAAGAGGAGGAGAAGGUCCGGCAAUGCGCGCUCGCAGAGGAGCGGAGACGACGAACACUGGAAGAGGAGAAGGAGAGGAAAUCUGAAUGUCUCCCGCCAGAGCCACUUACAGAUGAUCCAGAAAGUGUCAAAAUAGUGUUCAAGCUGCCCAAUGACACGCGCGUGGAAAGACGAUUCCUCUUUGGGCAAUCGCUUACGGUAAUCUAUGACUUCCUGUUCUCAUUGAAAGAAAGCCCGGAGAAGUUUCAGAUUGUCACCAACUUCCCUCGCCGAGUGCUGCCCUGCCUUCCAACUGAGGAGCAGCCCAACCCUCCCACGCUGAAAGAGGCGGGACUCAGCCGUUCUGAGGUCCUUUUUGUUCAGGAUCUUACGGACGAUUAAAAAACAAAACGAAAAGACCUCAAGCCACAUCUGUGUGGGAACACCUUCUCCAAUGCUCAGCCGUACCCCCACUCAUUUAUCCCUUUUUUGUUGAAUGGCCGCGAAGGGAUCAUUGAGUAUUGUCGAAUUCCCCUUGGGCAGUUGUCGUUCACCUGCGUUUACAGGGUUCCCAAUAGCCUGGAAAGUCUUGAAUUUUAUUAAAUAUUUGUUGAAGUUAAUCUUUGAAUCCCUUUUUGUCCACAGAGGUCUCAUCUCAUGUGUAUCAGUUGCCUGUUCAUGUUGUUGUUACCCAUGACUCAAGUAUUGCAGAGGCUGGUAUUCCCUCCACUGAGAAAAUAUUCCGACAAGUAGCUGGGUCUCUUGCUAAACCGCAUGACCAAAAUGACCUUAGAGUAAUUCGCCUUGGCUUUGUUUUAGUCUUGUUAGAAAUGCCUUUGAGUUUCCAUUUUUUGUCUUCUUUUUUACUUCCGUGUGAUGCAUAAGACAGACAGAUUUCGACUAAAAGGAAACAUGGGAACCCUGUUUUAAACAAAUAACAUGUACAUAAGUGUUGAUAAACAUGGAGUUUGCCAGUCCCACCCCAACUCAUCUGUGUCAUAUAAUGACCAGAUACAUGUUGACUGUGCAGACUGACGCUCAUCAAGUUUCACAAAAGGGGCCACAGCUUUUUUUCCCCAUGUGGCAUGCUCUGCUAGGGUGCCGUCACUCACCACCGUUUUGCUUGUAACAUCCAAAUAAACUCUUGUAAAGAUGACAUUUCCCCAGCUAUAAAUUAAAAAAAAGUGGGUUUAUUGAA